AUGGCCUUACCAAAUAAAAGGAAAGUUGGGAAGCUUCAGGCAGUGGCAUCAGCUUUGUGGAAAUCUUUAGUUCGAUAUACUCCAUAUGUCCACUUUGUGCUUGCUGAAAUUUGUUUUCCACUCUGCGAGUUUGAAGCUAAUUUCAUAGUAGAUGGUGGAGCAGAGAUACCUGAUGAAGAUGGUGGCAGACGUGAAUAUCGUCACCGGCUGUUGCCACAAGAGGACCAAGAAGAAGACCUUGAGGAGCUUACGAGAAGCAUUAAGCAAAGAUAUGCGAGGUCAGCUCAUGUGGAGUAUGAUGAGGAAGCAACAGAUCAUGUUGAGCAGCAAGCUCUCUUGCCAUCUGUCAGGGAUCCAAAGCUGUGGAUGGUGAAAUGUGAGAGCGGUCAUGAGAGGAAGGUUGCAGGUCGCCUAAUGCAAGAGGCAAUAAAUAGAGGAUCAGAAUUGCAAAUUCGAUCAGUUGUAGCCCUUGAUCAUCUUCAGAACUAUAUAUACAUAGAAGCAUGCAAAGAAGCCCAUGUGAGGGAGGCUUGCAAGGGUAUACACAAUAUUUAUGCCGCUAACAUAAAGCUAGUUCCCAUCAAAGAGAUGACUGAUGUUCUCACGGUUGAAUGCGAAGCAGUUGAUAUUGCCAGAGGUACUUGGGUCAGAAUGAAGAGAGGAACUUACAAGGGAGACCUUGCAAUGGCUGUGCAUGUAAAUGAUAUGGACCAGAGAGUCAUUGUAAAAUUAAUUCCAAGGGUUGACUUACAUGCUCUUGCAAACAAGGAAGGAAGGGAAGUUCCAAAGAAGAAGGCAGUUAUUCCUCCGCCACGCUUAAUGAAUAUUGAUGAAGCUAGAAAGAUGAAAAUAUUUGUGGAGCGUAAGCAAGACACGAGGACAGGUGACUAUUUUGACAAUAUUGGAAGUAUGUCGUUCAGAGAUGGUUUCUUGUACAAAACAGUGGCUCUGAAAUCAACUAGAACUCAGAACAUACGUCCAACUUUUGAUGAACUUGAGAAAUUUCGCCAACUUGAUGAGGGUGGGAAUGGCGAUGUGGCUAGUCUAUCCACUUUCUUUGCAAAUAGGAAAAAGGUUCGUUUUAUGAAGGGUGACCAUGUUAUUGUGGUUAAGGGGGAACUCAGUAACAUGAAAGGCCAUGUAGAGAAAGUUGAAGAAGAUAUCGUUCAUAUCAGACUAGACCAGAAAGACCUUGCUGUGGAAACUCUGGCUUUUAGUGACAAAGAGCUAUGCAAGUACUUUGAGAAGGGAAAUCACGUGAAGGUAAUAUCUGGUUUGUAUGAAGGUGCAACUGGUAUGGUUGAAUCUGUUGAGGGGCAUGUGGUGAACAUCAUAUCAGAUAUAACUAAGGAGCGUCUCCAGGUAUUGGCUGAUAAAGUUGUUCAGAGUUCUGAAGUAACAUCUGAUCUCACUCGUAUUGGGGAGUAUGAGCUCCAUGACCUUGUAAAACUAGACAAUGAAAAUUUUGGUGUGAUUAUACGUGUACACAGUGAAGCCUUCCAGGUCCUUAAGGGUAUGCCUGGUAGACCCGAGGUAGCACUUGUUGGACUUAGAGAGAUCAAAGAGAAAGUUGAGAAGAAAGGAAAUGCCCAAGAUCGCUUUAAGAACCAAUUCGCGGUGAAAGACAUGGUAAAAGUUAUUGAGGGUCCUUACAAAGGAAAACAAGGUCCUGUAAAACACAUCUUCAGAGGAAUUGUUUUUAUUCAUGAUCGCCAUCAUCUUGAGCAUGCUGGUUUUAUUUGUGCCAAAAGCCAAUCUUGUGAGUUGAUUGGUGGCUCAGGGGAAAAUUGUGAUAGAAAUGGUAAACCCUUCUCAUCAAGACUUGUGCCUCUUAGAACUCCUUCCCGUGCUCCUCAAUCUCCAAUGAGAUCGUCUGGAGGUGGCCCGGCUAUGAGCUAUGGAGGCAGACAGAGAGGUGGAAGAGGGGAUGAUGCUUUAGUUGGAGCUGAUGUGAAAAUUCGCCUUGGCCCCUUUAAAGGUUGUAAGGGGCGCGUUGUUGCUAUUCAAGGAACUUCAGUCCGCGUUGAACUGGAAGCCCAGAUGAAAGUUGUUUCAGUUGAUCGCAAUCAUAUUGCAGAUAAUGAUAGUGUGUCCACAGCAUUCCGGGAACCAUAUAGACAUGGUUUGGGAAGUGAAACACCAUCACAUCCUUCGAGGACUCCACUUCAUCCAUCAAUGACACCCAUAAGAGAUCAUGGAGCAACACCUAUCCAUGAUGGCAUGAGGACGCCAAUGGUUGACAGAGCAUGGAACCCAAUGAGUCCACCUAGGUACAAUUGGGAAGUUGGAAACGCUGCUUCUUGGGGGUCAAGUCCGGAAUAUCAGUUGUCUAGUCCUCGUUCAACGGCAUAUCAGGAGUAGGUAGUCCUCGUUCAACGGCGUAUCAAGCACCUACUCCUGGUUCUGGUUAGAGCAACACUCCUAGAGGAGUCAAAAAGGAGGGUUACAUUGCCGUUUGGAUCUUUGCAUGGAGAAUAUAAUUCCGUUUUCUUUACUCCAUGCAGUAAUGCUCCAAGUCCUUACUUGCCAUCAACUCCUGGUGGACAACCACCAUUGACACCGCGUUCAGCAUAUAUACCUGGUACUCCUGGAAGUGGUGGGCUGGUAUGAUGUCGCCUUUAUGAGGAUGGUUCCUGUAGCGUCGUUCUUGGAUCCAGCGGCAGUGGUGAAACUAUCAUUACACGCCCAAGUGAAAUAGAGAUAGUUGUACCAAAAUAGUGGGAUAAACUCAAGAUCAUGGGUGGUCCGCAAUGUGGUGCCACCGGUCAGCUUAUUGGUGUUGAUGGCACUAAUGUAAUGGUAUUGUAAAGGUUGAUGAUACUCUUGAGACCAAAAUAUUAGACACGGUAAUUUUCACCAAAUUAGCCUAAUGCAUAGUGACAAUCAAUUCUAGUUAGUAAGCACACUGUGGUCAACAAUAGUCUGCAUUUGUACAAUAUAUUGUAAAGGUUGAUGAUACCCUUGAGACCAAAAUA